UAUUGUUUGGCCAUACAACACAGUUGUAUGUUUUAAAUUUAUUUGGCACUACAAUUUUUUCGGGUGUAUUCGGGCAAAACUGGGCAGGGAUAUUGGUGUUGUGAAUUGAAUUUUGGGCUUAUGAUGGUAUUUUUAUGGGUGAAUCCGUGAUAUGUGUUGUACAUGUAGUCGUUGCAAAACUGUGUGCAUCUACAGUUUGCAAUUUCGACUGGCCAUGUACACAAAAAUAUUAUACCCGAAAAAUAUUUGAUAGUGGUUUUAGACUAAAAGAAGAGAGCUUUUGGACUGGUCGUUCAUAGUGCAUCGUUCUUUCAUCCUGAAUAUUUGUGUGGUUGCCCAAAAACAGCCUCGACACUUCUCACAAGGGGUCAGUCCAAAUAUUCACAGUUGAGAUUUUGGAGCGUUGACAAGGUUUUUCUCGGUGUUUUUUGGGAAAAUUCAAAUUUUCAAACCGUGUCUUUUGCGAUAAGGCUCAAAAAAAAUUUUCCAACAUUUUCCUCGGCGGGAAAAGUCUCAAAUUGGACUUUAGUGAAUUUUUUUCGGAAUUUUAAAUCCUUCAGCGAUGUUUUGCAUUUUCUGAAAGUUUUUCCGCGCUUUUCUCGAGAUAAUUUUCUUGUGUGAAUCCAGUGCAAUUUAUUUUACAAUUAUUUCGCGGGAAUUUUUUCCUUUGAAUCCCACAGCGAAGAGGAAGUUUUCCUUCCUCGUGGAUUUUUUUUAAAUUGGAAAAUCGGAUUUUUCUUUUGAGAAGAAUUUCCAUCAGUUUUCUGCGUGUGUGAUUAAUUAAUUUGAUGAAGAGACAUUUUUGACUCAUUUUGAGAUUUUCUUGUGUGACGCGCGAGGGUGGUGGAGGUAGAUUUGGUGAAGAAAAACAUUUUCCCGCAGAGACAGUUAAAGAGUUGAAGGAAUCCUGAAUAAAUUCAAACGAUUGCGUACUUUCACCGACGCUAAGCGUCGAAGAUAUCAUCCCAGCACCACCGUACCGAGUAAGUAAAUAAUUUAAAUGUUUUUUUAAGAGUUUCUUUCCAAAAUUUUCAAUUUUUUUCCACGGGGGAAUUUUCCCUGCAUUUGUAUGCUCCCUUGCGUGGAAAAUUAGUCAUUUUCCCAAAUGGGUGGGUGUUGCACAUAUAGACAAUUUUUUGUGCAAUUUUCUUUUGCAAAUCUCACACAGUUGGUAUGUGGAAAAUACGGAAAAUAGCAAGCAAGGGAAAUUCAUGGUGUGUUUUGGAAAAUUGUGUCAUGUGUUGUACAUACUUUCACCACUUUCCAUGGCUACAUACAUGGUGCGGAGAGAGAGCGUCGAGUUUUCGGUAUAUAGCCAGCGCGACGCUGGAAUGUUGACGUCGAACAUGUGUAUAAAAUGCAGAAUGUGUGUUUGGGAAAAUGCGACGACAUCGUCGACGGGCCACCGAGUGGCAAUUCUCCUGCUGCUGCUCUAUGCAAUGGCUUUUCCACAAAGUAGUCAGGCACCACUUGUUGCUAUCAAUUCCGGGGAAAAUUCGCAUUCCUUCCAUCACCCCCACAAACCCCCUCACACCACCCCACAUACACCCACAAACGUUCAACCCCCGUGUGCAGCAACGGUGUGCUCCCCAUUGAUCCACAUCCCACAUAUAUAGCACACCAAAACCUAGGUAAUACGCAAAGUGAGCCAACCCAGACGGCCAAUGUGCCCAUUUUCAGUGACACGCACACAAAUUGUCGUCUCCACAUGCUACAAUAUAUAUACCUAUAAAUUCAACUAUAUAUAUUUUAUCUAUGCAUAUAGAAUUACAUACAAAUUUUCUUUUUGACAAAAAAAAUAGAUAUAUCAUUUAGAUGGCUAAAAAAGAGGCGAAAGAAGCAAAGAACGAGUAGGAAAAAAAAGCCUUCCAAUGGCGACGAUGAAAUGUCUGCAUUGAAGUGUAUAUAGUUGUGUGGAAGUGGGUACAGCGAAAAAAAAAGAGCUCGCAAAUAAAAAAUGAUUAUAUUUUUUGCGCGCCUAAACAUUCGUCUAGACGGGUGAUUCAACAAUAGUCCAUAAAAUCAAAUGUCUAUGAACUUGCCACUCUAAAAGUGUGCUAGCGCGUCAUGUAAGUGUAUGAAUUUAUUUAAUACGUGCUGGCUUUUUUCACCAACUCCUUCUCUUUUCAAUUUUGCUAUAUAUGUUUUCUUCUUUUUUUGCCAUUCGCACCCAUCUCAAAGCACGAAUUUAGCUUGCAUUUGCGAAGAAAACCAAAUUUAGCACUUAAAACCCAUACGCACACCACCCAAUGUUCAAAAUCACAGUCCUCCGCAAUUUUUUGACCGAAAAUUGCAUCGCAGAAAAAUUGUUUUGCUCACGAGCAAAUAGGCAUACCUACACUACAUACAUAUAUAGCACAAGCAUACAUAUAAUCGUAAUUUGCAGAAAAGGCACGAAUCCUAUGGCCAAAAAGUUAGACACGACGGCAAUUUCGCGAUUGCCUUCCCCCUUUUCAUGCAUUUUUCGCGGGGCAAAAUGUAUUUUUGAAGGUAUAGAAGGUACACACAAUGGAAUAAAAGAAUCAAAGUGCAGAACCAAAAAUCCUGUUUCCAGCCCUUCUCAUUUUUGUACUUUGCUUGCUUGGUUGUUUUUUUUUAACCAACUAUGUAUAAUGCAUGCUGCCCAAAAAAAGAGAUCCAACAUAGACGAAAAUGUACGCACAGCAAAAGGUAUAAAGAAUGUACUUUGGGUUUCUCAAUAGACACACCUUGUGAUUCAAUUCGCAUCGAUACUGCAACUACAGACACCCAAGGGGAAUAUUUGCGCAGACUUGUGCGACAUGUUUUAAAUAUAAUAUCACUCUAAACUGUGAAAAACAUUUAAAAUUUGUCAUUUGAAGAGGUUUUUCAAUAGGAAUUUUUGAAAUUUUCUCAAAGUCUGACUUCAAAAUUGUCUAGAAAAAUCAGAAAAGUUAAUUCUUGCAAUUUAACAAAAGAAAUUUUGCUUUAAAAGUCUUCCUUAAACCAAAUUAACUUGAAAUUUGUGAAAAUUUAGAGCUUUCCUAUUAAGCUUUUGUAUUUCUAGCUACAUAUCCUAAAGUCUCUUUUGUACAAUACUUAAUAAUCGAAGAAAAUUGGCCAAAAGAAGUAUUUUUAUCAUUCUUCUUAAAACUUGGAGGACAAAACUGGUACUUGCUCCCAAUUUAACUUUUUUGAAUUAUCACAAAAUAAGAACUAUUAAAGUUAUUGUGAUAAAUUUAACCCUGAUGUUUAGGAAAAUUAAAAGACUUCAAGCUUAUCGAAAGAAAAUCUUUAAAAACGUUCUCCUUAUGAUGGAAAACUAAGGUCGAAUCGUCAGGUUAGAAAUUCGUGCCCUCAAAGUGUUAAAAAUAUAUUUGAAUUUUUAAAGGAUUCAACGGAUUCCGUUUUAGAAUCCUUCGUUUUAUUUUAUUUAUAAGACGAAGGAUUCACAAAAAUGCACUAAAUAUUUGAUUAUUUCCAUGUAAAAUAUACCAAAAAUAACCCCACAGCACAUUUGCAAGUUUUCUUGAGAUAUUUCCCCCCCUCAAAGAAAAUUCACAAAUAGCGUCAGUUUUGUCUAAUCAUUGCUUGUAUCAUAAAUAUUUCUUUCGCACUUUUUAAAAAUAGAAAAUAAAAUAUAUAUUUGACGCUAUAAAUCUCGCGAAAAACUAACGAUGUUUAGCUACUUUCUUGCUUUCUUUCGCAUUUUUCUAUCUUCAUUCACAAUGAUGGGCAUUUAAAUAGAGCCAUUUUUUAAAAGAAUUUACAAAAUAAACUUUUAACAAAUAAAGUGAAAGCUUAAUUGUAAAUUCUUCAAGCAAAAAACUCUUGAGUUUGUUUUUUUUUUGAAUAUUUCUCUUUUUAUAAACUUUUUGUUAUAAAAAUACUAAAAUAAGAGGUAAAAGUAACGACAUUUUUAUAUCCAUAUCGUUAUAUUUAUUUUAGUACAACUUUUAGAGAACUUUUACUAGAGGUUAUUGGACUUGAUAAUAUUUCACAAUGAUUCAUGUUUAAACAAUUAAAAUUAAAAAUUGGUAUGCCACGAUUGUGGUAUACCAACUAAUAUUUUAAUGGUAAAUUCCGCACAAACAUAGUGCUAAGCUAGGAAAUUAAAAAAAAUAAAAGAUCUAAGUCUGAAAUUUAUUUAAUUCUACAAUUUUAUUUAAAAAAAAAACUUCCAAUUAAGAGAAGAAAAUAAAAGAGAUUUCUAAUUCUUUUCUUAGAAUUUUUAAAUAAUAUCUGUUUUCAUGACCACAAGUGUGUCUAUUUGAGUAAACUACUUUGAGGAAUUUUCUUAGAAAAUUAUUAAAGCAAAAAUAGGAUUGUUUGAUAGUUUUCUUCGCACAAUAAAAGAAUCAAGGCUAAGAAUUUUCAAAAGUCAAUAAACAAAUUAGAAAAAUGUAAAAAUACUUUUUUCCGUCGGAAAAUUGAGCUUUGAUAUUUUCCGUUUGAAUCUGUUAGUAGCAAAAUAUACAUAUAAUCUUAACACAAUCUGUUGAAUGCACAACAAUGUCAACCCCCUCUUGGUUGAUGUAACAAACCGCCCGCGGAAUCAUCCACAAACUGCAUGGCCCCGCGAUUACUUCCUAUACAACCUACGGCAUGAGAGGAGCAAUGUAAAUUGCGGCGGGAGGUGGAAAAGAGCUUAAUACGAGGCAAAAAAAAUGCGAUUUUUCGCAAUUUAUCGCCACACCAAUGGGUUGUAGUGAUAAAAAUAAAGAUUGUUGAUUUGGUGCUGUGUGAUCGUAAUCUAUAACUAUGUGGUGUGUAUAAACAUAUAUAUAAAAAUGAAGACGAAAAAGCAUUUGAGAAGGUCAAUGUCCGGCAAAAAUGUUGGCGAAUUGAAUUGAAGCUUCACUUCCAAACACACUCACGGCGGUGCACAGAAAAAAAUCUCACUCAAUAUUCUCAACUAUAUAUAUACAUAGUAAUGAAAAAGGCCCACAAUGCUUUUACAAACUCACACACUGAGGAUCAUGCAUUUAAUACACCACGGCCGAAAAAUGUAUUUUCUAUUUAGCCAGACUUUUGCCAAUUUAUUUUCCUUCUUCUUCAGCCACAAUUUUAUCGUGAUUCCUCUAUUUAUUCCCAUUUAUUCUUGCUCCGCAAUGCGCACCAUAUUCCAACCACCAUUGCACCCCGCCCGCCCAUCCCGCGAUCCCAUAGUUAGAAUUCUGAGUGAGUGAGAGAGUGCAGAAUAGAUUGGAGGCAUUGGAGUUUCUUAUGUACACCCCUCACAUAGGGCUUGUUAAAAAGCAUUUCAGUGUAAUGUGAGGAGAUCAGAAAAAUUCAUCGGAGCACACAGUGGUGGACCCCUCAAAAGCCUGCACUCACGAGAUGGCUCUUAGGAGAACCAUAAAAACGCGCGCACACACUAUCGAAUGGAACUUGAAUUUGAAUGCAAAUUUUCACAGAAUUAUUACUCACCCAGCGAAGCUUGAGAAAGCCGAAGCCCACUCUGAAGGACCCUCUCACUGUGCUGUGAAGCCGCAUAAGUUCACAAAGCAAGGUCCAACGCACACGAUAUUACCUGUAGGAGUCACAAGAAAAAACUUUUGAAAUAUGAGCACUAUUGCAUCGAAGUCAUUCGGCUAAUUUUGGAGUUCUUCACGCGAGAUCAAACUCAGAGAUAUGUGAAGCGACAAGUGCUAGGGAUGGGAUGUCUACGUGCAAUUGUUUACCUACAUUUUGGUUACAUUACGUUGUAUUUUUUUGGUAUGAAAUAUGCUUUGAAAUUUGCAAUAAAUUCAUAUUUUCAUCUCCUUUAAGUAUAAUGAAUUUUAGAGAAAGAUUGAUUUGUAAUAAAUCCAUUGGAAUCUUCAGGAUUGGAAAAACUACGAAUUCCCUUAAGAAAGGAAAGCCAAAAAUCUGAUUUAGAUAAAUUCAGUUUAAAUCGACUUUUUAAAGUGGUUUUAGGCGAGAAAAUUAAUAUUUCAAUAGAAAUAAAAUUAAGCUUGAAACUUCUAGAGUGCUAAAUCAGCAAGGGGGGUUUAUCUGGACGAAAUUAUUCGGAUUUCGGAAGUAUUCGGAUUUAAGCAUAAAAACACUUAAAUUGAUCCGAAAAGUAAUAAAUUCAAGCCUAAGAAUUCUAAAUUCAAGCCAAAAAGUAGUAAAUUUAACCCAAAAAAAGAAUAAAUUCAAGCCGAUAAAUAUUUGGUUUUUAAUCCCAAAACUACAGAUUGAAGAACGAAACUUAAAAAAAUCAUUAAAGCUUAAAAACCUAAAAAAAGGAGUAAAUUCAUACCGAAAAGUAGUAAAUUAUUGAUAAACAUUAUAUAGUAAAUUUAACCCAUAAAAAAAGACUAAAUUCAAAACAAAAAUUCCUAAAUACGUUUUUGGAUUUUAUUUUCGGUUUUGCGUUCCGUUUUUAGCAAAAAAUGUUCAUGUAAAGUCAAAUAUUCUGAUCUUCAGAAAUUUUCGGAUGAUUCGCUAAAACACCAAAAUAUCCGCCAGAUAAACACCCUUUGUGUUACUACUUUAUCAUAGUUCAAGUUUCAUUUUUUUUAAAAUCUGCAUAAAUAUAAAAAUCUAAUUUCCUAAAAGAUUUCUUUUCAAAAGAAUUUUCUAAAAAAAACGAAAAUUUUCUAAUAAAAAACCAUUUUUCUUGAAGCUGUGUAUUUUCUUUCUAUAAAAUAGCUUCUAAAAUUGUUAAAAAAAAAUGUAAACUUUACAAUGAUUACACAGAAAGUGUCAACAAUUUACCCAUCUCCAUUUAACUACUUCUCAUUGCACUGAAUGCAAAAUAAUUUCCACAAAAGAAUAAAAUUCCUCUAGUUUACGGGCAAAGGUAUUUCAAUUGAAAUAUUUCUGUAUUAAAAUUCCCCCAAAAUGGCAUUAAAUUCAAACCCCGAAUCAAAUCUAAUUAUCAUUAUCAAUGAUUUUAGUUGUAUUGUCGAUGAUUUAAUCGGAUCAAAUUGAGUGGCACAAUGAAAUAGUAAUUAAUACAAAGUGUGUUGCAUUUUGCAUAUAAAAUAAGGAAUCUAUGUCAUUGCAGUACAUACCGAAUUAAAUCCUUUAAAGCUCUCACGUUUUUUUUGUGAUGUGGGGGGAGGUGUUGGAAAUUAGCAAGAAAAUUUAGCAAAAUUUCGUUGAAAAUUCAAUGAAUUUUGCAUUAAUUGGUAGGAAAAUUUAUUACUUUUAAUGAGAAACUUCAAAAGGAUGCUGCGAAAAACUCUUCUUACAGCGGCGUGUGGUGCAGAUUGGAAGCAGAAAUCCCUCAAGAAACCCCAAUUUAACUUCCUGUGUGUGUGGAAAAGUUUUGUUGCCGAGAAAAGUGCAAAAAUCUGACACGGUUAUUAUUUUUAAAUGCACAUCAACAUCUGUUUCAACGCCAUUUCAACACCACACGUUGUAUGCAAAAAUUUUUGUACCGCAGGAUGAGCCGAAGAAAGGCCAGGGAACUUUAGUGGUAUAUAAUAUGAAAAAUCGGGCAAAACAAUACGCCACACAUAAAUUCUUUUCCUCUUCAUGCAACUUUUGGGGCCUUUUUCUUCAUCUUUUUUUUUUUUGGGGCACAUGAGUGCUGAUGGUUUAGAUUGACGACUUAUAAAAGAAAUAUGAGGCCCUUUGGCAAUAUUUAGUGCGGUUUUUUUGGUCCCUGUUUCCUCUGCGGCUAUAUUUUGCUAUAUAUUAUACCUAUAUAAUUCUCAGUCCGAAGCACUAUUAUAUUCGUGUCCAUCUGGCACCUCUUCUUCCAUCGUAUCGGGUGAUAAAAAAUGCUUUUCAACAGCUUUUUCUCUUCACACUCAACCUCCUCACAUGCCCCGUCUCUAAUGGUGUUUAUUUGAUCCGAAAAUUAUAGUGUAUUUUAUUGUGGAGAGCGCCAAUAUUGGGCACGACCACAGAAUUUUUUUCCUCAAAAUUUGGGGAUGGGAAGAUGUUUCAAUUUAGACCUUCCCAAAUACCUCAUCUUUUGCCCAAUUUUUGCUAUAUAACAAAUUCCUGGUUAAUUUGGAAAUUGGAAAUUGGAUUGCUCACUUUGUAUCUUCGCAUAUUAUUUUAUUAUGUUGAAAUAUCAGUAAUUCUUGAAGAAGAUCUAAUCUUGUUUAAAGAUUGAAAAGAAUCUUUUUUAAUUUUCUGGUUCUGUCAUUCUAGAGUUUUUGAAGUAUCAUCUUGAAAUCUGAAGGUAAAUUCGAAUUUUAAAAUUUAUCCGUGUUGGAAGAAGCCUCAAUUCAAUCACAUGACAGGAUAAUCAAUCAUUGAACAUAAUUUUUAGUACAAUAAAUUUUAGUACAAUUAUAUUUCUCAAUAUUUCAGUUUUAAGCUGAUAUUUUUGUCUUAAAAUAAACUCUAAAAAUAAAUUUAAUAUUCAAAAUAUAUUAUGUACUAAAUUUUGUUCUAAAUAUUCAAGAAUUACUUUAAAAAGAUAUUAUACAAUGUUAUCUUAAUUUCUACAAAGAAUGUCGAAAAAAUCUUAUUUGAUAUAAGAAUAUGUUCUUUACUAUAUUAAUUUUAAGAAUCCGUCAUUUUUUAGAAUAUUUUUAGUACAGAUUAGAUUUUUAGUACUGAAAAUUUUAAUUACUUUUUCACAAAAAAAUCAUAAAAAGAAUUUAAAUUAAUAAUGAAAAUUUCUAUCUCAAUUGAUCUACAUUGUUUUUUGUACUAAAAAAAUCUCUUUAAUUUUAUUAAUGAUAAUAAAAGAAAAAUUUAGUACAGAAUUUUAUAAACAUUCUCAAAAUAAUUUACGCCGAAUGAGCAAAAACAGCCAAAACUCCCAAACCUUGAACAAAAUAUAGCGAUCUUCUUGUUGCAACUGCUACGAAUAGGUACUAAAAUACAUCCAAAAGCGUCUGCUUAGUCGCGCGGGAAGGCAUUGACCUUCGUGUUAAAUAUUUCAAAGAAAAAAUCAUUUACGAUUUGCGCUAAAAGUGGUCGAAUGGGGCUAUUUUGCUCACACAGUGCCAUGGUAUAAAAAUGCAAUAACUUGUUGCACAGAGUCAUUGGGGAUAGGAGAGAGAAAAAGAUUUUUAAAUAAAAAAAACUUCACAUUUUUAUUUGAUUGAAAUUAACGACGAAACAUUUUCAGCUACAUGCUCUCGCAGCUCUAAAAUGGCUUUAAGCCACACAGAGAUUUUUUUUCUGCGAUUCUUUUUAGCUCAAAAAAUACAAAAAUAAAAAAAAAAGAAGAGAAUUUUUGUGCAUAGAUGUGUUUGUUAUGUGAGUGACUGCAUUUCGUCAGUGGUUGAGCUUGAGGAGUUUGCAAAGAAACACAAAAAAUAUAUAUAUAUAGCCAAGAUAUAAAACGAAGUUGGUGUGCAGAAAGGAAUAAGAAAAAUACAUGUGAAGAAAAAAAUAAAUAAAGGAAAACAUCGCGUAUUGCUUUGAACUGCAGUCGAUGACCUUUAGGCUGUGGCUGAGACUAGAGUCAAAAAAUCGGUUUCUCUGGUGGCGUAUAAUAUGGCGAAAAAGGAACAUGAAAUUGACGAAUUCAAUGCACCAAACUCCAAAUAAAACGCGUCUUCUAUGUAUAGUCCGCUCGCGCAUUUUUUUGCACCCUCUUGUGCGCGUCUCAAAGGCAAAAAUAAAGUUUGAUUCAUUGGCAAACGCCUCAAUUUUGCACCCAAAACAUUUUUCUUUUCAACAAAUAAAAAAAAAAAGAAAAUACUUCUUUGCACAUAAAAUCGAAUGUACAAAAGAAGAUUUCUUCUUUUCUUCAUGUAAAAAUAAGAAGAAAUUGUAUUUAAUUGUUUACAUCACCCAUCACGCAGACAAUUGUAUGUCGCGCGAGGCUUUAAAAAAUUCACUCGUACUGAGGUAUAAAAAAAAGAAAUUCAUUUUGGGGCAUUUUUACCAAAAAAAAAAUUCGCGAACUAAAUUGACUUGGUGUGCUGCACGCGGUGUUUAUUGGAUGCGAAUGUGAGACACGCUGUGUCCAAUUCAAUGGCCCCACACUCAUUUUGCGGCCGUCUAUUGACUCUCUAGACUAGACAGACAGCAUGACGUAACUCUCCAUAUACUUUUUGAGUAUCCUGUUUAUUUUGCUAAUUUGCAGCGAAACUGAGACAAGCUCUUUUUUUCUCAUUCAUCAAUGGCAUGGCCUCUAAUGGACUAAAAAUGCUGUAGAGAUGAGAGAAAAAGUGUCUUUGAAGUGAAUUUCCCACCACUACUGGGUCAAUAUCCUUUACGUUAUACUUACGGGUAAUUACUUUGAGAUGCAAAUGCGUGGUCAACUGGGAUGGAUUGAGGUGUAAUAAAAUAGAAACUUGAUGAUUUUGCAAUUUUUUACCAAAGUUUUUUUUCUAAGGAAAAGCUUAUUAAUGAUUUGUCUAAAUUUUAUCUAUUGGUCUGUUGGUAUGAAAUGUACAUUACUUAUACAUUUUAAUGUUUUAUGUUUUAAAAAAUUUAAUCAGCUAUUUAUAAGAACAAAGAGAAGUUGAAAAAUGCGGAUUUUUCAUUUUCCAGCGACGGUUUACUUUUCUUUUAUUUGAAAUUUUCUUAUAGCAUUAAUUUAUUUUAGAACAAAACUGUAAAGAAAAAUACCUUAGAGUCAUAAAUUUUUCAAAACGUCGCUGGGGAUAUUUGGAGAGAAUAAUUACUCUGCAAUAGAAUAUGAUUCAUAAACAGAAAUUUUUAAAAAAAUCGUAAAGAUUUUAUCCAUAAAAAAUUAUUACGUAAUGUAAUGUAAAAAUUACAAAAGAAACGUAAAAAAAAUAUAUUUUAUACUCUUACAUUUCUGGUUCAGUAACCGCAUUUGAAAAAAAAAUGAAUAGGGCAAAAUGACCUUAUUCAGAUCUCUUUUACCAUUGUUUUUUUUUCUUAAUCCGCUUUUACUUAAAGCGGGUAAGACUUCAAAUAAUAUAGGCAAAUAAGCAAGGAUUUAACCCUUUAAGGUCCAUAGCGUCAUACGCUGACCCGCUGAUCGAAUUUGAAAAUGUUUCAUUUUGUAUAGUUAUUUAAGGAAUAUUGAAUCCAAAUUAGAACAAGACUGUAUGACUUUACAAUCCCUGAUCAUUUUAUGACCACAAAAGGACAUCCCCAAGUAUUCACAGGAUCAGGAAAGAAGAAAAACUGAAAAUUUUUGAGUUUAAUUUUUUUGCUGAAAAUGCCUCAGCUCGUUAGAUUGAUCACGGACCUGAAAGGGUUAAAAUUAAAAAUAUUGAUUUCUUUUCUAUUCGGUAUUUUCCACUCACUUUCUAGGUUUAAGAGGUCCGAAUUAGGCCAUUCUCCCCUAAAUUUAUUAAUAAAAAAAUAUUUUCUCCCUAAAAAUCGUUUUAUUUGUACAAAAAGUCACAAAAAAAUUAUUAAUUUUUAUUCUUAAACUUUUUUUUAAAAUACUUUUUAUUGCUUAAUCAAUAUUCCGUGCGUUAUUAUUAACAUACGACAGGGUUAUUGCGAAAGGCCUUAUUAGAAGAAUUCCGAAUGGAAUACAAAGCAUUUCUCCAUAAUGCUGAGUAUUCUGUAAAAUAGGAGUUUAUUCAAAUGCUGAGCCAACAAACAUAUUUCAGAGCUUGAUUAGUCACUCAAACGUGUUGGUAAGGAAACAUAAAUUAAUACAUGAAACUUAUAAGUAAAAUUUUCUAUUCCUCGUAAAAGUAGAUGAAUCAUCGAAAAAAAUUUUGUGUCUUUUCGCCUAUUUUGCAUGAAUGACACACAGUGAUUGUGCUCGUCUUUGCCACUAUAUGGGUUUUCUUGUACUAAUAACUGGAUAAAAAAAUAUACCUAUAUGCAAAAAAAUUCAAAAAAAAAUUUAAUUUGAAGUCAAACAGCAUUUGUGUAGCGACUCAGCAGUUAGUGUUGGACAAGUUGACCAGCAAGGAAGGUGUUGACAAGUUUUGUGAUCUAUUUCUCGUGAAUUCUAUCAAUUUCAUGAUUUUCCGCCAAGGAGAUUCCGCCAAAAUGGUAGACACGCAGCAUUUCUGCCUCCGAUGGAAUAACUACCAGAGCAGCAUAACGUCGGCAUUUGAGAACCUACGGGAUGAUGAGGACUUUGUGGAUGUGACACUGGCCUGCGAUGGACGGAGCUUAAAGGCCCACCGGGUGGUCCUCUCCGCAUGCAGUCCGUACUUCAGAGAAUUGCUAAAGAGUACCCCGUGCAAACAUCCAGUGAUUGUGCUGCAGGACGUCGCUUUCACGGAUCUGCACGCUUUGGUGGAAUUCAUCUACCAUGGGGAAGUCAAUGUGCAUCAGAGAUCUCUCAGUUCUUUCUUGAAGACAGCUGAAGUUCUGAGGGUGUCGGGUUUAACGCAGAAACAAGCCGAGGAGACACACAGUUUAGCGCAAGUACAGAAUCUUACGAGCUCAGGUGGACGACCACCUGUAAAUCAUCAUCAGAGCUUCACAGAUAAACUCGUAGAGGACGCCCUGUUCCCACACGGUGCAUCACCACCGCCACAUUUCAAUAAUUUGCACACACCAACCGCUCAUUCGGGUACGACGGUUAAUCAGCUGCUACGUCGUGCUGCGGCCGUUGCAUUGCGUCGCGAAAGGAAUAAUUCAAAUCAAUCCGAUGACUAUGCACAGAAGCGGCAUCGCAUCGACAACGGCAUCCUGGGCAACAACAACAGCCCCGAUGUUAUCAACCACAUGCCCCAAAUAACAGCCACCGAUUUUUCCACCAGUGUCAAGCACAACAACAACAAUACGCCACCGCUUAAGGAGAAUGAUCGCAAUGACAAUGGUUCCAACAAUCAAUCAGGCAACUCACUCAAUACCACGGGCAAUGGUCUGGGUUCAACAGGUGACAAAGACAGCCUCACCCCAUCACCACCCACCACCCGUGUCCACAGUGACGAUGUCAAGGCUGAGCCAAUGGAACUUGUGUGCGGCAACAACAACACCGGUAACGAUGAUCAAAGCAACGAUUCUGUGCCAGAGAAUGACAUCAAUCACUCCGGGAAUAUGUCUGAGACUAAGGGUCACAUUAGCUCACCCAAUGAGGAUGAUCUCGAUAAUAGUAUACAUUCUCACACAGCACCACCUUUUCUCAUGUCAGACAGCAAAUUAUUCCCAACGCCAGGAUCAUUCAACUUCCCAAUUUCAGCAUUAACUGAUCCCUCUGCCCUGGCAGGUUUUAAUUCUCAAGCUUUACACUCAGCCGUCGACUUGGCAGGAUCGCCUCAAGGUGGCCCCAACUGUGGUGGCGGCAGCGUCGGGGUGGCGCAGUCAUCGGUGAUGGGUAGUGGCGGGCGUCUACCGCUACCACUGCCACUGACAGCAUGCCAUCGGUGCGAUGUAUGUGGCAAAUUGUUGAGCACCAAGUUGACAUUGAAGCGUCACAAGGAGCAGCAGCACCUGCAGCCGCUCAACAAUGCCGUGUGCAAUCUCUGUCACAAGGUAUUCCGUACGCUAAACAGCUUGAAUAAUCACAAAAGUAUUUACCAUCGGCGCCAGAAGCAUCAGCAACACCACUCAAGUCAGUCGGCACAGCAACAGCAAAACCCACAGCAUCCGUCAACAAUCCCAAGCACUGGCUCAAUGGCAGCUCCCUCGCUUCAAGUCAAAUCAUGCAUUGAAUUCCUCUAAAUUCAUAUUUGCCACACAUGAGAGAAAUCCUUCUUUGAAUUGCAUAGAAAAAAACAUGUUUUGGUAAAAAUUACCAUCAAAUUUCUUUACCAUUGCUACCAGUGUAUUUAUUUUUCUUUUAUACAUUUUAACUUUCUCAGUGAAAUCAAUCAGUAGGAAAGAAUGCUAUGCACAGUAUUAUGAGAAAAAUCCUUAAAUUUUUUUCUUUUCAAAUUAGGUUUGAAAAUUUCUUGAAAUUUAUUUGAAAAAUAUCAUUAGAAAUCUGAGAAAAGCUUCAUUAUUUUUCAUGUAAAAUGAAGGCUAUUGUUCCAUCUUUUUCAUAAUUUAAUGAAUCAGCUAGUCAAAAUUUAUUCGAUUUUGCAAACUUCCUCAUACAUUGUGCAUAAUGUCCUUUUAUUUAGGAAAUUCUUUAAUUCAACGGAUUCCUAUUGUGUACUCUUCGUGGCAUUGCAAUUUAUAUUUGAGUUACAAAUCUUCCAUUUUUAUUUACUUUCUAAUUAAAAUAAUUUAAUUUUCAAAUUUAUUUAUAUAAAAAACAAAAGAAAUAUAAAAUAAUUAAAGAAAAUAAAUAAAUAGAUGAAAUUGUAAUAAUACUUGUAUAAAGAAAAGGUAACUAAAAGUAGAAAUAAUUCCUAAUCUUAAAUGAAGAAGAAAAAAUAAUAAGAAAAAAAUCUUAGAGAAAAUGAGAUAAAAACAUACCCUUCUUAAUUAAGGAAAAAAAAGGACUAUAGGCGGUGCUAGGGUAUCGUUAAUGAAACGUUUUAUUUAAGAUAAAAAAAAGAAACAGACUAAAUACUUUACGAGCUUAUUCGUUUUUUUUUUUAUUACCAGAAAAGCAUUUGGAAAACUUUUUUUUUUUAUUUUUACAAAAAUUAUUUAUUUUUAUUUAUAUAAAAAAAAAUUAUUGAAAUUCUUGAAAAAUUCGUCCAUCUUCGUAGAAGUCUAAAGAAAAAUGUGUUAUAUUUUCUAUCGAGAAGAAUAAAAUUCAAAACGACAAAGUCGUUAAGUGCUUCUUUUUUAUGUAGAUAAAUUCGUGAUUUUUUCUCAAAGAGAAAACCUUCCAAAUUAAGAAAUUAAAGUGCUUUUGGUUUAUUUGAACGCGAUCUCCAAAUUUUUCUUGAGGAUCUAAAUUAAAUACAUCUUAUUUUAUAUCCAAACAGUGCUUGUGAAAAAACUUUUAAAAAGAAAUUCUUAGAAAGAGAAAAGAGAAUGAAUUAGAGAAGAAAAUGAAAUCAUUCGUAAAUGGACUGAUAUUUCUUAUUUAAAAAAAAUUAAUAAACAUUCUUUUUAGAUAAAGGAAAAGAAGAAAAAAAACCCGUGUAAAGUAGAAGAAGGAAAAGAUGCAGUGAAAGCAAAUUUACAUUAAUAGGAAUUAUAUUAGAUAAGUGAAUAAAGUAAAUAAUAAUUGUGAUUAAGUUGUCGGUAUAAUAAUAUAAUUUUUAGUUUUCGUUACGAGAAAAAAAUGCAAUUUGUCAAAAUUAGGUGAAAAAAAGCAGAUAUAUUGAAAAAUGUGAUGAGAAACUUAAAAUUUACGGAAAAAAUUUAUUAUUUUUUUUAAUUAACAAUUUGUGAUCGUCGAAGACUGAUGACUUAAAAAUUUAAUUAAUUAAAUUUAUAAAAAAAUACGACAAAUUGACGAAAAAGAAAAAUUCGUUGAACAAAAAGUUUCAAAAAAAAUCGAAAUUUUGUAACAAUUGGCCUCAAAAGUCUGAAAUUUAUUUGAUACCAAAUUAUAUACAAGCUCCAAUUUUUUUAAAUAUAAAAAAAUAUUUACAAAAAAAAACAAAAAUUUAAAAAGAUUGGCUUGGUAUUGACAUUUUUUAAAUUAUUUUUCGAUUAUAUUUCGCGUAUAUUUUUUACAAUAUUAUGAUGAUGAAAAUGUAGUAUGUGUAGUGAGAUAGAGGAUUAAACAAAUAAAAGAAAAAAAUAUUCAUAAAUUUUUUUUAAAACCAAUAUUAUUGAGAAGUUUUUUUUCUUUAAUUUUUCUUCGCCAAUAGAAUUAGGAGUUUUCUUUAGUUCAUUCAAUGUUUAUAUAACUUUUCCUUGUAACUUCCUUAUAGGGCAUACCUGUUUUUUUUUAAUGUCAUUUAUAGUAAUCUGUCCAAAUGUCACCCUGUUUCCAAACUAACUAGAGAAGAAGAAAAGUGAGGAAAAAACGAGGAUUAAAUACAAAAUAAUAAAUAAAAAAAAUAGAUUUAUCAGCAUGAGUUCAAUGUUGUGUAAAGUUGUAAUAAAAAAAAAUAUUGAUGAUGAAAGAGAUACAAAUCACGUUAAAAUAAAACAUGAAAAAAAUCAUUAACCUACAAUUGCGAAAACAAUAAAAAUAGUAUCCUCAUUAUUGAAAAAAAAAAAAACAAUGAAAAUGGUUAUUUUUUGCUAUUAUUCAAGUACAUUAAUUAAUUGUUUCUACUAUUAGUUAAUUAUCCUGUAAAUGUUGUAUACGUUGAUUUUACUAUAAUCUUAUUUAUAAUAUAUAUGACAAAAGUAACAUAUAUAUACACAAUUCUAUCAAAUAUAUUAUUUUUGCAUAUAUUUCAA